AUGAUCGCCGCAAUUUCAUGGAUUCCUAAAGGAGUCUUCAAAGCGGAACCUGUUUUCGCCGAACCCCCUUCCAAAGAGGAAAUCGAUGAACUCAUCUCAAACACGCGUGAUGUGGAUGAAGAGAAGGAUAUGGAAGAAGACGAUGAAGUUGCACAUGCUUUAACAGUAGCUGAUGCAAUUGGUAAACCAUCCAAGGAAAAUACUGGCGAUAUUACCCUCGCCUUGCAAGAGCUCAACAUGGAAACCUAUGAUGAUGAAGAUGAUAAAGGUUUUGAGUUGUUCAGUUCAGGGACGGGUGAUCUUUAUUAUCAGAGUAAUGAAUUAGAUCCAUAUAUCAAAGAUAAGAAUGAAGAGUAUGAUUCUGAAGAUGUUGAAGACAUGAUUAUUAAUCCAACUGAUUCUGUUGUUGUUUGCGCGCGUACGGAAGACGAUGUCAAUUACCUUGAAGUUUGGAUACUUGAGGAUGCCAAUACCCGUGAUAUGAACUUGUAUAUUCACCAUGAUAUUAUUAUUCCGGAAUUUCCACUCUGCACGGCUUGGCUUGAUUGUCCCCUUAAAGGAGGAGAAAAAGGAAACUUCUUGGCCGUUGGUUCAAUGGGACCAUCGAUAGAAAUUUGGGAUCUUGAUGUUAUUGAUGAGGUAGAACCAUGUGUGGUGUUAGGUGGCAAAGAGCAAAGCAAAAAGGGGAAACAUGGGAAAAAGAAAUCAAUAAAAUACAGAGAGGACAGUCACACUGGCUCAGUACUUGGUCUUGCUUGGAACAAGGAGUUCAGCAAUCUACUUGCAAGUGCUAGUGCUGACAAGAGCGUAAAAAAUUGGGAUGUCGUCGCUGGAAAGUGUACUCUUACAAUGGAGCAUCACACUGACAAGGUUCAAGCAGUUGCUUGGAAUCAUCAUAGACAACAUGUUCUUCUUAGUGGCGCAUUUGAUCAUACAGUUGUUUUGAAGGAUGUAAGGAAUCCGUCACACUCAGGCUGUACGUGGUCAGUCGGUGCUGAUGUAGAGAGCUUGGCAUGGGAUCCACACGCUGAGAACCUUUUUGCGGUGAGUCUUGAAGAUGGUACCAUCAAGUGUUUUGAUGUCCGGAAUGCCAUGUCCAAUGCCACAUCUGAGCAGAGUGCUACUUUUACACUUCAUGCACACGACAAAUCUGUUACCUCCCUAGCCUAUAAUAUGUCAGCUCCGAAUCUUCUUGCUACUGGAUCCACGGAUAAAACGGUAAAACUAUGGGAUUUGUCUAACAACCAACCAUCUUGUGUCGCAACGAAAGAACCAAAAGCUGGGUCUGUCUUUUCUAUCUCUUUCGCAGAGGACAACCCAUUCUUGUUGGCAAUAGGAGGCUCAAAGGGAAAAUUAGAAUUAUGGGACACCUUAGUUAACGAAGGUGUCUCUCGAAGAUAUGAGAAAUACAGCAGGUACCAACCUCAAUCCGGGGCCUGA